UUAUUCUUUAAGAAAAAGACAUUAAUCUCCCUCUGGGAGUCUGGGUCGACAAUUCAUCAUUAUCUCCCCGUAUCUCAUGUCAGGUGUCAUCUUCCUCCCUAUCCCUGAAUGAGCACAAUUGCAGACAUGUAAUGGAUCUUCUAUCAUCAACUCCGUCUUAUUUUCUUAUUGUCGAGUCAUUCCCAAUCUCAGGCUCCAUACCCAAAAAUAUCUAUUCAAGGUGAAUCCAACCAUUCACAUCCAUGACCCGACCUGAAACCCUGUAAGAACUAAGAAAAUCCCAGAAAGCCCAGGACAAGAAUUCUCAGUUUACAGUAUACAAGGAAAUGGCUACCUUGGUUGAUCCUCCGAAUGGAAUUAUGACUCCUGGGAAGCAUUACUAUUCAAUGUGGCAAACGUUGUUUGAGAUAGACACGAAGUAUGUGCCAAUCAAACCUAUUGGCCGAGGAGCAUAUGGCAUUGUGUGCUCAUCCAUUAACAAAGAAACUAACGAAAGGGUUGCCAUUAAGAAGAUACACAAUGCCUUUGAGAAUCGUGUUGAUGCACUUAGGACUUUGCGGGAACUGAAGCUUCUUCGCCACCUAAGACAUGUGAAUGUGAUUGCUCUUAAAGAUGUCAUGUUGCCUAUUCACAAGAGAAGUUUUAGGGAUGUUUAUCUUGUUUAUGAACUUAUGGACACGGAUUUGCAUCAGAUCAUUAAGUCCUCCCAGGCCCUCACUGGUGACCAUUGCCAAUAUUUCUUGUUCCAGUUGCUUCGAGGCCUGAAGUAUCUCCACUCUGCAAAUAUUCUUCACCGCGACUUGAAGCCCGGGAACCUGCUAAUAAAUGCCAACUGUGAUUUGAAAAUAUGUGAUUUCGGGCUCGCACGCACAAGCAGUGGUAAAGACCAGUUCAUGACGGAGUAUGUGGUCACCCGUUGGUAUCGGGCACCAGAGCUUCUCCUCUGCUGUGACAAUUACGGAACAUCCAUUGAUGUUUGGUCGGUCGGGUGUAUAUUUGCUGAGUUGUUGGGGAGGAAGCCAAUUUUCCCAGGGACCGAAUGCCUUAACCAACUGAAACUCAUCAUCAACAUCCUUGGAAGCCAGAGCGAAGAGGAUCUUGAAUUCAUUGACAACCUUAAGGCCAAGAGGUACAUUAAAUCCCUUCCCUACUCUCCAAAAAUACCACUUUCCCGAAUUUACCCAAAUGCCCAUCCGUUGGCGAUCGAUCUGCUGCAGAAGAUGCUCGUGUUUGAUCCUUCAAAGAGAAUUAGUGUCAGUGAGGCACUUCAACACCCUUACAUGUCUUCUUUGUGUGAUCCGAAUUGUGACCCACCUGCUGAGGUCCCUAUAAAUCUUGAUAUAGACGAGGAUUUAGCAGAGGAAACGAUCAGAGAAAUGAUGUGGUCGGAGAUCCUACAUUACCAUCCAGAAGAAGAUUCAAUUCAUCAGCAUCAGUGAUAAGCAAUAUGGAUUAAAGUUAGUUGUGUGAGUUGUUUGAUUUCCUAAGAGUAUUAUUGUUAAUGUUAUCUUAUUCCAAUUAACAAUAAGCGGUAACUUGUUGGAGCUGUAAUUUCUUGUAUGCGUGGAUGCCAUGCAACUUGUAGUCUUCUUGUACAUAAGUUGUGAUUUCCUUCUUCUAUCUUAAUAAAAACAUGUUAAGUUUUAGUUUCGAGUGUGGAUAAAUGACUCUUAUGUACUCCCUCCGUCCCGCAAAGAAGUUCCCGCUUUUCUUUUUUUGCAGUCCAAAAAAGAAGUUCCU